GCUCCCUGUACAUCUCCCCCCAUCUCCCUUCCCUAGGAUCAUACUGUACAUUAUAUUGCAUAACUCGUGUUCUCCCUCCCAUUCUGCUGUCUGUCUCAUUCUGUAGACCCUCAUAUCCCUCAGCUGCAGUAGGUCUCCCUCCCUCCCUCCUCUCAGUCCAGCUGAGGAACAUAUUAUACCCCCCCUACCUUGCCUCCUCCCCCUCUUUGGUCAUCUAUCUUGUGUCAUCCUCAGACUUGAGCUUCAGAUAUUCAAGAUGCAGCCAAGGAACCAGGUCUUUUUGGCACAAGCCGUUCUGAUGUUGCUCCUCGCGCUACUAACUGUCAGCUGUGAGGGGUCUAAACCAGUAAAGCGAGCACCACCAAAGACCAAGGCCUGUGCUGACCGCCAGGAGGAGGUGUUGGAGCAGAUGUAUGGACACCUGGCCGCUGGUAUGCUUAGCGCCUAUCACCACACACUGCAGCUUCAGCCACUUGAGAAGGAGAACAUCAGCUGCCCAGCUGGGACCCGAGGUAGAGCUCCGGCAGACGGCAAGCAGCGGCUACCGGUCAAUAUCCACAGCAUAUCCCCAUGGGCAUACAGAAUAACAUACAACCCCAUGCGGUAUCCCAAGUACAUCCCAGAAGCAUAUUGUCUUUGCAAGGGUUGCCUGACUGGACUCUAUGGAGAGGAGAACUUCAACUUCCGCUCUACUCCAGUCUACAUGCCUACGGUCAUCCUCCGUCGUACAUCUUCAUGCACUGGUGGUCGCUAUGUCUAUGUUGAGGACUACAUCACUAUCCCAGUCGGCUGCACUUGUGUACCGGAUCCCGAGAAGGAGUCUGAGGCGGACACUGCAAAUUCCAGUCUGGAGAAAGAGAAGUUCAAGGUUUCUAUCAAUAAAAGUGAGAAACCAUCGUCCAACUGAGCUACAGAGUUAUGUAUGGAUCAGGACAAGGUUGGCUUUGGGAAGCCCUCAUAAUUUCUCUACAGGUACAAUGGUGGUAGGAUGUCCUGGAGUAAACACAAAUCUUGAUGGAUGAGAGGGUCCAACGUUGUGCUGCAGGGUUAUAGAAGAAAUAUAUAUUAAAUGUUAUGUAAAUCUAGCUGUACUGGGGUGAGGACCAUGAUACUCAACAAUCAGUCAGGGAUGGAUGGUAAGUGAUGAACACUAGUGACAGUCGCUUACAAUUCCCGAUAGUCCAGAUGGGGAGAAACGCAGUUAAUUGCACAACUCAAGUGUAAUGCAGUUGGUCAAAAGGAUAGUUCACUAAAAUCAUCAAUAAGCACAAACUCAUUACAUUUACCCAUCGGCAAAAUGCUAAACCAAGAGAUACUACGGUCACAACGUUAGAUCAAGGCGGCAUAACUACCUUAAAUGCUGAAUAUUGUAUGUCUAUAAAGUAAAUUUGCUAAUAUUCUUGAUUGAAUAUUGCCUAGCAUUUUGUAUAUACAGCACCUACACAGAACUAUGCAUCUCCAUGGCAACAGACUACAAACAAACUCUGUGGUCUCAUCUCGCAGUUCUAAUCACCUCUGUUCCCUAUUUUUUUCCUACAUUACAUAGGUCAGCAAGUAGAGGACAGUUGAGAAAAUAAACUCAGACUACACGUGGAUUGUUUGUAGUCUGUUACCAUGGAGACACAUAGAUC